UUCGCCCUCUCUUUGAAACGUUCAGUUUGACUAAUCCCAAAUUUAAUUUUUAAAGUUCAUCAUUUGAAUAUGCUUCGAGAUUCGUGUUCUACGCAUCAACAAAAAUAAUUAAAAAAGUAUUAUUUUAUAAGUGUUUAUGCUAGCUAAAAUAUCGACAGGUGUACUAAUCGAUAUGACUCAGAAAAAAUCAAGAUUAACCGAGAUGCGCCGGUAAGCACACGGUGGGUGAUCGCACAUAAGCAAAGGGAAGCAGCGAAGGAAGCGUGGACGGCGAAGACGGCAACGACGAAGACCCAACUCCCUCUCCAUUUGUAAUCUGUGUUAGUUCUCUGGUAUUACUUGAACUCCUAAGGAACGAGAUGGUGGGGCUUCACAGAAGACGCAAAAUUAGAAAUAAUCGCUUAUGUUGCCCGCCGUCGCUUAUUACUCUUGAUUUCUUCGUCCAACCGCAACAUUCGGCUAUCAGCUCUGCGUUUGUCGAGAAGGUUUUUCACUUUCCUUCCGCUGGUUACUUUUAGAUGAAAAAAAAAAAACUGCGAUUUUGGUAUAUUUUGUGCUCUUCUUUCCGCGUUGCCUUCUUUGUCUUUCGUAUUUUUGAAUUUGGUCGUACUACAAGAGGGGGUUUUGGAGUUGGGCGUCAAUAAAGUUUAUGGCUUUUUACAAGAGAUCUCAUGCUGGAUAUCGGAGGUUGCUUCCGCUGUUUCUGGUAAUAUUCUCGGUGGCUCUGGUUUUAAUGUUGCUGAUUCGAAAAUGGGCAAUUUCUGAUUUUUCCUACAUAGCUGUAGAAGAAGAAAGUUAUUCUUUUCCUUCGUCUUCUAUGGAGACUGAUAAUCGUAUACUCUUGAACUUUGGAGACUUUAAACCAAAACUUCCUAAAAUGAACGACUUUGCCAUCUCUCUGGAUCGGAGAAACUUUUUACCACCGAGGAAUAUUGAUCUCUUUCCAAAUUUAGCGGAGAACCAUAUAAAUAUUGUUCUGUAUGUUCACAACCGGCCGCAGUAUCUUCAGGUUGUGCUUAAGAGUUUGGCUAAUGUGAAGGGG